UAGCCUCUCUCUCUCUCUCGAUUCGAAGCCGCGACGACUCUAGCCUCUCUCAUCAACGCCGGAGAAGAAAUGCACGGUCGUCCAAGGAAGGCUUACAAGCCAGAAGAGGAAGCAGCCUCCGCUGCUAAAGCCGUUAAGCUCCGAUCUCUCCAGAAUCAGUUCAUGUCCAAUCACCAUGCCAAAAUUUAUACCAAGGAAGCUAUUGACUUGAGCACGAAGCUCUUAGAGAUCAAUCCGGAGGCGUACACGGCUUGGAACUACCGUAAGCUCGCCGUAGAGGAUACCCUUUCACGAGAAGAGUCUAAUCAAGACUUGGUCAAGUCUGUUCUCGAUGAAGAGCUUAAAGUGGUAGAAAGUGCUUUGAGGCAGAACUUCAAGUCAUACGGUGCUUGGCAUCAUCGAAAGUGGGUUUUGAGUAAAGGCCAUUCCUCCGUAGGGAAUGAGCUACGGCUUUUGGAUAAGUUCCAGACCCUUGAUUCCAGAAACUUUCACGCUUGGAACUAUCGCAGGUUUGUUGUGGAGCUAACCAACAGGUCAAAAGAGGAUGAGUUGAAGUAUACAGAGGAUAUGAUCAGUAAAGAUUUCAGCAACUACUCUGCUUGGCAUAAUCGUAGCGUGCUACUUUCAAGUCUGCUUGCAAAGGCUGAGGGGUUCAUGCCAAAUGAGAAGAUUCCUGACGAAUAUAAACUUGUACAUGAUGCUAUCUUUACGGACGAAGAUGACCAAAGUGGGUGGUUCUAUCAUCUUUGGCUUCUUGAUCAAACUGUUAAUGUGGAGACUCCUCUUCUCACUUCCUCAUGGCCUUCACAUGGUUCCUGUAUCAAUCUUUCUGGAGGAGCUGGGUGCUUGAAUGACUCUUCUUCUUCUAAGCUCACUACUUUUUGUUCUGAGUCGGGUUCUUUUCCACUGAUUCUUUACUUCGACCAAGCUGUUAGUGGAGUAAGCUCGUCUACUGUCACGGUUGAUUCUGAACUGAGAGGAAAUGAGGACCUUGUUUGGGAGCCAGUUUCGAAUAAAAACUCUCGGGUGUCUUCUGUAUGGGUUGCUCGUCUUAAAUAUAUGAGUUCAGAGCCUUGCUUCCCCAAGGAAUACACAGUGAAGGUCAGAAUUGGGAACUCUCCAGGAAUUGUUUCUUCCAGAGGAUGUAACUUCAGCACUCCUUAUGAGUUUGUCUUCACAGCGCAUGUUCAUGACACCGUCCGAGAAGAUUCACAAGAAGUCGUUGUUUCAUGGACGGAUGGUUUCGAUAUUUGGGAUGCACAGUCAAAAGAUUUGAACUUUCUCGUCAACUUAGAUCAACAGAUGGGUUUGAAAUGGCGUCAGGAAGCUAUAGAGGAAGAGAUUGAGUUAUUUCGUGCAUUGUCUGACAGCAAAAUUGGAAAGCUCACUCUUGCAAGGCUUUUGAUGGCUAAAGCUAUGAUAUCGGAGAAUGGUGUUAAGGGUGUUCACUAUGAAGAAAUUCUCGAGCUGUAUAAUGAUCUAAUGGUGCUGGAUUCUUCGCACUAUCAUUACUACAAGGAUGAGCACAGCGUAGCUUUACUCCACAAGGUGACUUCAAGCACUGAAUCCUUGUCGAGACACCUCUUUCGAUACAGGGAUAUGAACAAUUCUGUAUGUCUCCGACUGAAUAACUUAUCGCUAUCUCGGAUAGCCUCUGUUAAGAAGUUGCUGUUUGUCCAAAUGUUAGACCUAAGUCACAAUGAGCUUCAUUCAACUGAAGGAUUGGAGGCAAUGCAACUCCUCUCUUGCCUAAACCUGAGUCACAACAGAAUCCGGAGUUUUUCAGCACUGGACUCUCUAAGACAUCUGAAACAGCUGAGAGUGUUGGAUGUUUCACACAACAACAUCGGUGAGCACUCGGUUGACACAACGAGGUACCUUUGUUCUUCACCCCUCUCUAAUUCGGAGUGGACUGAGGAUGAAGUUGGAAGACAGAUGACUAGUCUGGUCACCAAAUACUGGGAUGCGUAUUUUGUGUUAAGAGAUUUGAACCUGAAACAGUUAGAUAUAGCAGGCAACAUGAUCGCAGGGGACGAGUUCUACACUUUGGUUCCGCAGGUUGUGCCAACGCUUGUAUGGCUCAAUGGCCACAGAUUUAGAUCAUAGGCCAAGAUUUUUAACUUAAUUUAUAGAUCAUCAACUCCCCAAAGCUAUUUGGAUUCUCUUGAUGAUGUGCUUUGUUUUUGUGGUUUGUUUCUCAACAGUCUUGUUAUAUGACUUUGUUUCUAUACAACGACUGUGCACCAUUUAUUUACCACAUUUUGUAUUAA